AUGCAGCAGAGCAGCGCUCCAGAGUUCAUUCUCGAGGCCUUUGCGGACCCGGCCUCCGUACGGGAUGUCGUCAAAGGAAUCCUCCACACAAUCUUCUUCCACCGCUUCUUCCCCGCCGUCGUUCCGUACACCCGCGAAGUCCUAGAUCUGACCCUCCCCUACGUCGACGACGUCGAGCUCGGAACCAUGAUCGAGCAGCGCGCCACCGCCCUCGUCCGCCAGCUCGACGCGGAGCGCUCCUCGUCCGGCUCCGGCGGCGGUGGUAGCGGCGGCGGGCGCGGCCAGCUCACCGUCCAGUUCUUUGAGAAGAAGCGUCGCAAGGCCUGGCUCAUGCGCGGCGACGAGGAGGUCUGUUGGGAAUGCUGGACCGUAAAAGUCACGGUCGCGGAGCCCAGGACGGAGACUGAGCGAGCCAAAGUCCGAAAAGCCAUGGAGACGACGCUCAUGACGACCGUCAUGAAGGUCAUCACCUUCGUCAACGCGCACAAGGAUCACAUCCCUCCGAUAACGACGCAGGGGUCGAACCCGUUUCCCUACCAGAUCAAUAUUAACCAAAAGGAGUCAGGGUGGGCUACGAGGAUGGGCAUUUACUAA